AUAGUGAUAGAUAAACAUUGGACGUUUCUGGUCAAUAUAUGUCGGAUUAAAAACGGUCUGGGACCAUAAAUAUGUGAUAAUUCGUGAUUUUUUAUUAUGUUUCUUCCGUGUGUUCUGUUAACCUUUCAAUACGAUGGGGAGUUUUAUCUUCAGAGCUCUAGAAAAGUGCUUCAAGUCGAUGCCAUGUUGUCGGAAGCCACCCCGUCCAGAAAACCGGACUAUCUUUGUUGGCAACCAGGCUCCACUGGACGAGGAGGUUCUCAUUCCUGAAACGUUCGUUCCCAAUCACAUCAUCACAAGCAAGUACACAGCAUGGAACUUCCUCCCAAAGAACUUGUUCGAGCAGCUCCAACGAAUUGCCAACUUUUACUUCUGUUGCAUGGGCAUUAUCAUGUUCCUGAUCGACAGUCCAGUGAGUCCCGCCACCAGUAUCCUCCCCUUAGUAUUCGUCUUGUCAGUCACCGCCAUCAAACAGGGCUACGAAGAUUGGCUACGACACACGGCCGACAAAGAGGUCAACAAUCGUCAAGCAUAUGUGGUCAGAAACGGCGAGUUGAUGGCUGUCAAAUCUAUGGAAAUAAAAGUUGGUGAUAUUGUGCGUGUCCAAAUGAAUCAAGGCUUUCCCUGUGAUCUUGUAUUGUUAUCGUCCCAUGACAACGAAGGUGAUUGUUCCAUCACCACUGCUAACCUUGAUGGUGAAACAAACCUAAAAACCUUCAACUGCAUUCCAGAAACCCGCCAAUAUCAAAAUGUUGAAGCGUUAACUGAUCUCCGAGCCAAGAUAGAAUGUCAGCAGCCAAUAACAGAUUUAUACAAAUUCAUCGGCAGAAUUACUUUAUACGACACCACCUCUGGUGGAGCACCGAUAGUCCGUCCGUUAGGUCCAGAAAAUGUCCUUCUCCGAGGAGCCAUGCUGAAAAAUACACCUUUUAUAUUUGGUAGUGCAAUCUACACUGGCCAAGAAACCAAGAUGGCCUUGAACUCGAAGUUCAAACGCAGCAAGUUUUCCCGCGUGGAGCGUCGCCUCAAUCAAUUCCUCAUCGCCUUCCUCAUUCUACUCGCUAUCGAAGUAGCGGUUUGUACCGGCCUACAGUAUUAUUAUAUCCAACAGCCCCGGCCGUGGUACCAACCGCCCCAUAAAGAUAUUAAUGUUCACACUGUGAUAGGAGACAUCUUUGCCUUUCUCACUUUGUUCAACUACAUUAUUCCUAUAUCAUUGUAUGUCUCCAUAGAAUUACAAAAGUUUUUCGGUUCAAUGUUUUUUGGUUGGGACAUUGAAAUGUAUGAUGCUCAAAUCAACCAGCCUGCUAAAGCCAAUACAUCAGAUCUCAAUGAAGAGCUGGGCCAGGUUGAAUACCUAUUUACUGAUAAAACCGGCACACUGACGGAAAACGACAUGCAGUUCCGGCAGUGUUCAAUCAACGGUGUCCGGUACAUUGAACACGGUGGGAUGCUGUGCGAGAGACCGGAUAUACCAGGAGUCCAGCCACAGCCGGUCCAUAAAUUCAGCGACGAGAUUAUGGAGUUCCUUGAAGUCUUGGUCCUCUGCCACACGGUGCGCGUCGACCGGCAGGAGGUCGUCCAGAAUGGCACCUCAUAUGGCCAGAAUCCUGCAGGACAGGGGAUGGAGUACGAAUACCAGGCCUCGUCGCCGGAUGAGAAGGCCUUUGUAGAGGCCUGCCGGAGGUAUGGCAUAGUAUUCCACGGUACCAAGGACACGGAGCACGUGGUCAGCUUCAAAGAGGAUACCCGUCGCUACAAAGUUCUCUAUGUGCUCGACUUUGAUGCUAAUAGGAAGUGUAUGAGUGUCAUUAUUCAGAACCCAGAUGGUGAGAUCAUCCUCCUGUGCAAGGGAGCCGAGUCCUCCCUCCUGCAGCGUUGCACCUCCGGCACGAAGGAGGCCACGUUACAUCACGUUAACGAGUACGCUAUGGUCGGUCUGCGUACUCUCGUCAUUGCCCACCGCCGCCUGAGUCCAGACGAGUUUGAACAUUUCAACGAAAAGUUGACAGAGGCGAAGAAAACAUUGGAAAAUCGAGAAAAGAAGCUGUCUGAGAUCUACGAUGAGGUCGAGCAGAACCUCCACCUCCUGGGUGCAACAGCGGUGGAGGACCGCCUCCAGGAUGGCGUACCGAUGACAAUCCAGGCGCUGAGGCGGGCGGGAAUCAAGGUCUGGGUCCUGACAGGUGAUAAGGAGGAAACAGCCGUCAAUAUCAGUUACUCUGCAGGUCAUUUCAAGCAGGGGAUGGUCGAACUGAGGCUGACCAAGCAGGAGAAUGCUCUGGAGUGUGAACAGCUCUUGAAACAGUUCCAAAUGAAGAUGUCAGAUGCCGGUGGAAUAGUGGAACACGUCCUCGUCAUCGACGGCAUAAGUCUUGCUCACGUCCUACACGACUAUGGCGACCUCUUUCUGACCGUGUGUCAGAAGUGCAUGGCCGUGUUGUGCUGUAGAAUGACACCUUUACAGAAAGCUGAGGUGGUGCGACUUGUGAAGCAUAGCAAAGCCCAGCCAGUGACCGCUGCUAUCGGGGAUGGUGCUAAUGAUGUCAGUAUGAUACAGGAGGCUGACGUCGGCUUAGGCAUUAUGGGUAAAGAAGGCCGGCAAGCUGUCCGCUGCAGUGACUACGCUUUUGGACGAUUCCGGUUCCUGAUGCGAGCGUUCCUGGUCCAUGGGCACUGGUACUAUGUCCGAUUAGCGACGCUGGUGCAGUACUUCUUCUACAAGAAUAUUGCGUUCAUAACUGCUGAAGUCUACUAUGCAUGUUUUUCCUCAUUCUCGCAGCAGUCUGUCUAUGAGAGCAUCUAUCUGAUGUUCUACAACACCACAUUCACCGCCCUACCUAUCCUUGUCUUUGGUUUGUUCGAGCAACACAUAUCUCAGGAAGCUUUGCUGAGAAAACCAGAGCUUUAUAAAGAAAUUCGAGGCAAUUCACGGCUCUCACCAAUGCAGUUCUUAAAGUGGAACCUGAACGGACUGUGGCAUUCCUUGGUUUGCUUCUUCGGCGUUUAUCUCUUGUUUGGGGAUGAAGUCAGUAUAUCUCCCGACGGCAAGAUGUAUGGUGUUUGGAGUUUCGGCACGAUUGUGGUCCAUGCCGUGGUGUUUACAGUCAAUAUAAAACUUGGUAUAGAAGCAUACUUCUGGAAUCCUGCUCUACCAAUAGCGUAUUUUGUAACAUGCAUUGGGUUCUUUCCACUUAUUCUUGUAUAUAACAUUGUGAUAUGGCCAUCUUGGCUGUCCGAAAGUCUCCUGCUGCGCGUGGUGGACACCGUCCUUGCCAGUGGCAUCGUCUGGUUAGGAAUCUUACUUCUGGUCGUCCUCAGUCUCCUGCCCGAUCUCAUCAUGAAGGCCGUCAAGGAUACGUUCUAUACUCGCAAGAUUGAUCCGAGGAAGAAACACUCGAUUAAUAAGACUGAAUGUUCAACUGUUGCAUUAUUAUGGUUUGAAUUGACUUGCAAUGUCAGGAAGGAUUAUUCCCAUAAUCGUGACCUAACAGCGGAUGAGGAUGUCCCUGAAGGCUCGGGGACAAUCUGAAUCGAGUGAGUUUUCACUUCUGAAAUUUGACCCACCUGCACAGUUCCCGGGACCAACGUAUGGAGAUGGUUCUAUCGAAGUCUAUCUGUAAUGAUUGGAACUACAUCAAGGAAAUUACCAGUCGUGCAGCAGCUGGGCGUCAAAACAUUCCAGAGAGGUAAUCGAUGGGUUUGGUAUUUAUUGCUGGUCGCAGUAAUGCCAGAUUUUUGUUGCGGGCAACUGUGAUCGCCCUGCGGAUGAGAUACUUAUGUCUUACAUGUAUGUGAUAAUAAUCAGAGGUCGUUGCAGACAUCUCUUUAGGUGGUGACAUCUGUCGUCCAGAAUGUAAACAGUAGAACCUUUCCAAUAAGGACAUCAUUAGGACUGACGAAUGCUGUCCUAUUAAAUGGCCAGGAGUCCUGAUAUCAAAAUGUACAGUAAAUUGCAUGCUAUACAAAUUAUAGGAAAAAUUAUUUUCCGUCCACAAUAACCAUUUGGUAUACAGUAUAUAACACAUCACAUGUGCUAAAUAUUUUUUAUAUGUAAUUGUUUUUGCGCAGUUGAUUUUCAGAGCAUGAUUUUUAUUGAUUUUCUUAUAUGAAAUCCAUCCAGUACAGGCCGCUGAAUUAUGACAAGAACUUUUGGAAUAGAUUCAAUAUUUUCUUCUUUUAUACCAGUGUCAUCAGCAAGUUUUGAAUACCCAGUUAUAGUAAGAGCUCUUCUUCUGAAAGUUUGAGAAUUUUUACAAAUUGAUAUUAUUUGCAAAAUUUGCAAAAAAAUGCCCACGAAAAUUUGGUGGGUUGCAGUAGGCCUUAUCACUUAAUGCCUGUUCGGGCCUGGGAAACUUUCCAUAUUAGGCAUAGGGGUUCUUGUUGUAAGAAAGAUUUAUUAUAAUUUCUGAUUAAACAUAUCAAAACCAAAAUCUGUAAUUUGUUGCCAUCAUUUUAAAACCAAUGUUAGAUUUAUGCAUAUCAUUGUUUUGAUUUAAAUUUGAAGCACAAGUGUCGACAUCGUUAAAACCAUAUAAAAUAUUAACAUGUAUGUUGUGGUCUACUAGAAUGAAAUGGAGGUCAUCAAUCCAGAUUUACGUGUCUUUUGUGGUUUGAAUGGUACUUUAUACGAAGUACCGACAUGUGACAAUUAAAGUGUAUAAAAAAUUCGGUGUAAUUUUGUAUUGUGUAUAAGCCAAGUGCCUUGAAUCCAUGAAAAAUUUGAUUUUUUUCCUCUGUGUAUUGGACAAGUCCAUCGUGAUACAGGGUGUUUCAAAAUAUUCGAGCUAAAUGAUGCAGCUGCUCUGUUGGGCUGUGGAGUAACAUUUAGAUGCCCGGUAAUUAAGGUCCAUGUUGUACUUUGUUUUUCAUGGAACACCCUGUAUACUCAAUAUAUUUUGUGCCAUCGCAUAUUUCAGCACAUAUCAGACUUUUGUAUUAGAACAUAAUCAAAAUUUUGAUGAAUAUUUCAUAAAGGAAUGAAUUACAAGACAGUGUCACAUUAUUGAACAGUCAGUUCAAAACCGUCACUUCAAACCUUUUCUGAAAUUUGUGUCAAUUUGUCAUUUACAGCACUUUGGUCUACACCAAUACCAAUGAGCUUUUUAUAGCUAAUUUGACUUUUGGGUGAUUUUUUGCGUUAAUACACCUUACUUAUUUACAUUUAUCAUUAAAUGUCAUUAUUUUUGCUCAUUUGUCAAACUCUUCAGAUUAAGCCUAAUGUUACGUUACGUUAGGUCGCGUUACAUUACAUUAACGUUACAGUAAUGUGUGAAACGUCUUGAUUUUGCACCUAUUCACUGUCUUUCCCUGUUCUGAAGAGAAGCUGCUACAUGUAUGCUUGUGCAUAUGCACUGUAUAUUUUUUGUAUUAGUUAUGUUAUUAUGUUCUCUUGGAGUUUACACUUAGAUUAGGGCAUUCUGUUUUAUUAUUCAAAGAUUCUUGCACUACUCAUAACUUCGUUAUACUCAAAACCAUUAAAUUUUUGUUUAUUUGCUCACGUUUGAAGACUUGAUUGUUUUGUUAUGAAUUAUGUUACUAUUAAAACUUAACCUGAUUUUACACCAAUGUACAUGUACAGACAAACUAUGUAGAAAUCAUGAACAUACAAUAAAGAAAUGCGAAAAACAAGUUUUCUAUAACAUAUCUCGGGUCUUGCGCACGUCCAGUACUUUAACGAGGUACACCACAUCGGUAUGCCGAAACCCCCUUACUUUUGAAAACCUAGAACUUGAAUGUUUAACUUUUUAUUUUGUGAGCUAAUUUCACAUUAUGUGCUAAAUUGUUUAUCAAAUUCUUGCCUCAAUUGUAAAUUUUUAUUUAAAAUGUAUAUUUCGUGCACGCCCAACAUGAAGAAUUAGCAACCGAUUGCGUGAGGUUUGAAUAUGCAAUCCCAAUUUUCGAGUCAAAAUGCUAUCCACUCAACCGAGGCCACAUGAAGCUAGCCUGCUGAAAGCUCUCUCUCAUCACUGUCAUUCAAAGUUCUCCACGAGUACUCAAUUGGUUGAUUUGAUUGGAACACUAAAUUCAAAGUUUUGAGACAUUUUUACUGUAUAUUUUCAAGAAUUUCAGGAGGCAAGUUAGAUGUGGCUCGAGCGUGUGGAUAGCAGUUCGACACUGUUAUCGGGAUAGCAUGUUUAAAGUCCCAUGCAAUCAGUUACUGAGACUUCAGGGCAUUUGUAACUAUCCUUCACUGGACCAUAACAAAAUGACUCCACCGCGCACUAUAAAAAUGUAAUUUAGCAGGCACUUGUAUGAAGACUGCUUCAUAUGAUAAUGCUCUAUGUAUAUAAUACCAUGCCUGGCAUUUGAUUGCAUAUCUUCACCGAUAAUUUUUGUUCUGAUGACUGUUGAUGAUAUCAUAUCAUGAUGUAUAUUCUAUAUUCCUCGCUAUUUAUCGUCCGCUUGUGACUGUGCCCUUGCUUGGAGACCAAUUAAAUUAAUGCACCCUUCAAAAUACUGUCACUCAAAAGAUAAUGAGUCACAAGGGUGAACAUUUGGGUGAACAAUGUUUUGUCUGGGAAUUCUCAAGUACUUUCCCUGUGAUGGGGUGUACUGAAAUUUGUAUUGGUUUCCAAGAGCCUUCACUUAUUGAGCCUGCUUGGCAUAUGAGCUGUAGAUUCAUGUACAUGUACUCACCUACCGGUAUUGUAAAUAUGGUUGAAUGUUCAGAUUUUAUCAAAAAAUCAUAGACAAUAUUUUCAAUAAAAUAAAUUUCA